GGGCGGAAGUCCUCAUCGGCAGACCGGGAAGUAGCUGGAGACUGGGAGAUGGCAGUUCUGGAGGCCUUGGUCCCAGGCCGACCCGAGGCCCCGGCGCCCCCGCGGUAGACAGGAGCAGAGAAGGGGGCUCCGGAUCCCGACGUGAAGCGUGUCGGGGGUUGAACCGGGGCCUCAGUAGGGAUCCUGGGACCCCGACGGGCCCUGUUGGCUCCGCUCUCUGCCGGGACUGUGAGCUGCCCUGGCCCGGGCUGCCCCAGAAGCCGGCUCGCCGGGGAUGGAGGGCUCCAAGACGUCCAGCAGCACCAUGCAGGUGAGCUUCGUGUGCCAGCGCUGCAGCCAGCCCCUGAAACUGGACACAAGCUUCAAGAUCCUGGACCGUGUCACCAUCCAGGAGCUCACAGCUCCAUUAAUUGCCACAGCCCAGGUGAAACCAGGAGAGACCCAGGAAGAAGAGGCCAACUCAGGAGAGGAGCCAUUUAUCGAAACUCGCCAGGAUGGUGUCUCUCGCAGAUUCAUCCCCCCAGCCAGGUGCCUGCUACACCUCAGCCCCCCUGUUCCUUGCCACAGGAUGAUGUCGACAGAAAGUGCCAAUAGUUUCACUCUCAUCGGGGAGGCAUCCGAUGGCGGCACCAUGGAGAACCUCAGCCGGAGGCUGAAGGUCACUGGGGACCUUUUUGACAUCAUGUCGGGCCAGACAGAUGUGGAUCACCCCCUGUGUGAGGAAUGCACAGACACUCUCUUAGACCAGCUGGACACUCAGCUCAACGUCACCGAAAAUGAGUGUCAGAACUACAAACGCUGUUUGGAGAUCUUGGAGCAAAUGAAUGAGGAUGACAGUGAAAAGCUCCAGAUGGAGCUGAAAGAGCUGGCAUUAGAGGAGGAGAGGCUGAUCCAAGAGCUGGAAGAUGUGGAAAAGAACCGCAAGAUAGUGGCGGAAAAUCUGGAGAAGGUCCAGGCUGAAGCCGAGCGACUGGAUCAGGAGGAAGCUCAGUAUCAGAGGGAGUACAGUGAAUUUAAACGACAGCAGCUGGAGCUGGAUGAUGAGCUGAAGAGCGUAGAAAACCAGAUGCGUUAUGCCCAGAUGCAGCUGGACAAGCUAAAGAAAACCAACGUCUUUAAUGCGACUUUCCACAUCUGGCACAGUGGACAGUUUGGCACGAUCAAUAACUUCAGGUUGGGUCGCCUGCCCAGUGUUCCUGUGGAAUGGAAUGAAAUCAAUGCUGCUUGGGGCCAGACCGUGUUGCUGCUCCAUGCCCUGGCCAAUAAGAUGGGUCUGAAAUUUCAGAGGUAUCGACUUGUUCCCUAUGGAAACCAUUCAUAUCUGGAGUCUCUGACAGACAAAUCUAAGGAGCUGCCAUUAUACUGCUCAGGGGGGUUGCGAUUUUUCUGGGACAACAAGUUUGACCAUGCGAUGGUGGCUUUCCUGGACUGUGUGCAGCAGUUCAAAGAAGAGGUGGAGAAAGGCGAGACACGUUUUUGUCUUCCUUACAGGAUGGAUGUGGAGAAAGGAAAGAUUGAAGACACAGGAGGCAGUGGCGGCUCCUAUUCCAUCAAAACCCAGUUUAACUCUGAGGAACAGUGGACAAAAGCUCUCAAAUUCAUGCUGACAAAUCUUAAGUGGGGUCUUGCUUGGGUAUCUUCACAAUUUUAUAAUAAGUAACUUGAUUUUUUCCCUAGGGGGAUUUUUGCCUUAAAGGCUUUACAUUUUAUUUGGGGAGUGGAGGAGAAAAGAGUUUUGGGGCUAGAGCGAUUGUACAAUGGGUAGGGUUUUUGCUUUGCACGCAGCUGACCUGGGUUCAAUCCUCAGCAUUCCAUAUGGUCCCCUGAGCACUGCCUGGAGUAAUUCCUGAGUGCAGAACCAGGAAUUCCUGAGCAUCACCAGGUGUGACCCAAAAAGAAAAGUUUUAAAAUUUGGGUACUAUAAAACACAUGUUUACAAUACCAAAAAGAAAAAAAUAUUAACAAAAGCCACUUUAUUUUAAAAUAUCGUGACAGUUUCCAAAACUACAACAUGACAUAGCUACCAGCAUUUGUUACAGCUUUCACUCCUGAUUCCAUGCCCUUUUUUCCCCUCUCCCCUCAAAACUAAUUUAAUUUUUUUGUUGUCGUUUUUUAAACUGAGUUGAAUUAAGAUUGGUGUGUUUUCACUGGGUUUUAUCUCUCUCAACUUCCUGCAUUUCCAAUAUGAAAAAAAAAAUUUGUUUCCACUGAUAUAUACGAUGGAGUGUGUGAGACAGUCAAAUGAAGAACACAAAAGGUUUGCCUCAUCACCAUGUGUUAUGAUGAGCAUCUUGAAAUUGAGCACUUCUCUGGGCUCUAGUAGUGGAGGUCUACUGUAGUCUGUAUUAUAGACAUGAAAUGGUGUAUCAUGCUGUCUGAGACACUAUGGAGAGAUUUAAUUAUUUGUAAUAAAAGAUAUACUGCAAUCUGAUAACUGUC